CACUUUUUUUUUUUGCCAAGUGCAGCCCACUUGGUGCUGCAGGACCGUGGAUGCAAGUCACAGCUCUCUCCUCGCACGUGGUGCCACGCCCGCUGCCAUGCCGGGUGUCGCAGGAGCCAAGUUGGGCCAAGUUGGGCCAAGUUGGGCCAAGUCUGGCCAAGGAGGCUUGUCUGCUCCCCUUCUUCUCUUGUCUCUGCUUCUUCGCUAAACCUACUGUGCUCGGGGCCAUGACUCAGUCCGACCCGGUCCGUCAUCUUAGUCUCCGAUUUAAACCGGUUAGUUGCGAUGCGAUAAUCGUGAAUGCAUUUGCAAUGGAGACAACAACAAGGUCUACAAUCUAGAUGUUGGCGCAACAGCUGCCGUCGAGUAGCGGCAUGGGUUGUCCAGGCCCGAGGCCACCGUCAGCCAGCCCGCCUUGCCAACUCUCACCCAUGCAAUCAGAAAAUCCUCGUUGGUCGUCGAGCCUAGGGAACCGAGAUUACCUGACACACUGGUCCGGUCCAAUU